GAAUCAUCCAAAGUGUUGGGCCCACUCAGUACCCAGCAGUUGGCGCUCUCCUUUCUUUUUUCAACAACAACGUCCUUCGCUGCGGAUGACACGCUUUUCUCAUUCCCAUCUCACUCUUCCUUCUUUCUUCCCCUUUUCUUACUUCUCCUUUUUCCCUUAACCCUCUCACUUUUCUUCCUUUUCAUCCAACAUAACACAUUCUUCUCAAUCAUUCCAUAAAAACCUAGAUUCUUCGUUUCUUUUUCCGGAUGGGUACCAGUACCGUCCUUUGUCAAUCUCAAUUCUGCUCCCAUUUUUGGAUCCUCCUUCCCUUUCGUUGAUCUCAUUCCAAAGCUGGUUCCAUCAUUGAGGGUAAACCAGCAAUAGCAUAAUCACAAAGAAUAGCACUGUGAAGAUGGUUCUAGGAAUUAAAUCAAGGAGCAGAAAGAGUGGGCCAACACUAGUUAAGUACAUAAUCCAUAUUCAGGAGAUUAAGCCAUGGCCCCCUUCAUCAUCGCCUGUUUCACCAUCACUGAAAUCUGCUAAAUCUGUAGAGCUCCAAUGGGAUCAUGAUGGCCAAAGUUCUGGGUCUCUGUUGGCCAGUUGCGGCAAUGGGAAAAUUGAAUUCAAUCAAUCUCUCACAAUUUCAGUACUUCUGUCCAAUAAAGGCAAAUUCCGUGAAGGUUUUCAGAAGAACUUGUUAGAGUUCAACUUGUAUGACAAGACAGUAAAAAGUCAGCUCAUUGGAUCAGCUACGAUAAACCUUGCAGAGUUUGGAAUUAUUAAGGAAACAAAAGAUAUAAGCACUGUGUUGAGCACUAAGAGGAGUUUCAGGAGCUCGGCACAAACGACUCUUUAUGUUGCUAUUCAGCCAAUUGACACAGAGAGUUCCAGCUCAUCGCCAAACAGCAGCUUGUCAAAAGAAUUUUCAGUAGACAGGGAAGAUAGCGAAUCCGUCUCAGUAUCACGGUCUGAAAUUGUAUCGGCAGCGCAUUCUGUUGAUGAUGAUGAUGAUGAACUUGAAAUAGCGUCUUUCACCGAUGAUGAUGAUGAUGAUGAUGAUGAUGAUGAUGAUGAUGAUGAUGAUGAUGCAAUUCCUGCAAAUAAAUUGCAAAACAUCAGAUCCGAUUCACAGAAUACUGGGAGUGUCUCCCCUCUAAGUGAAAAUGACAGCAUCAAAGCUAUCAAGGUUGGAACAAAAGGAUCCAAUGGAAAAUCUGUUCUCUCCUUAGGAAGCACCACUUCUAGCUCACUUAAAAGCACAAAGGGUGAAGCAUCCACACAGUUCAAUGGCAGCAAAUCACCCCCUUCACCUACAGUUGAUCCUUCGGAUAUGGGAAUUCGAAACGCAAAAGAUGAAGCAUCCACACAGUCCAAUGGCAUCAAAUCACCCUCUUUAUCUGCAAUUCGACCCUCGAAUAUGGGAACUCGAAAUGCAGAAGGUGAAGCAUCCACACAAUUCAAUGGAAUCAAUUCACCCUCUUCUCCUGCAGUUUGGCCCUCAGAUAUGGCAAUUCGAAACCAAAAAGGUGAAGCAGCAUCCACAGAGUUCAAUGGCAUCAAAUCACCCCCUUCACCUGUAGCUCUGUCCUCAGAUAUGGGAAUUCGAAAUACAAAAGGUGAAGCAUCCACAGAGUUCAAUGGCAUCACAUCACCCUCUUCACCUGCGGCUUUUCACUCAAACAUGGGAAUUCGAAACACCGAGGGUGAAGCAUUGACAGAGUACAGUUGCAAUAAAUCUCCUUCUUCAUCCAUAGUUCUGCCGUCAGAUAUGGGAAAUGCUACAAGUGGCAGGCAUUCUUCAUCUAAAAUUUACAAGGAAAACAUGGAGGCUACUGAUGAAUGUUCUGAAAUUUCAGAAAGCAUUCAACGAUCACAUCGGCGAAAUUUCAGUAAGGGUGAAAUUUUUGAAAGCAUAUCUUCAGCUUCAUACAACUCACCAAGUAGGCAACCCAUCUUUGGAAGAUCUCCCCAAUCUCAAGUUGCUCGAGAGGGUAGGUUUACUAAGCAAAACGUGAAGGUUACCAAUGAAAGUUCUGAGAUUCCAGAAAGCACUCAACAAUCACAUCGGCGAAAUUUCACUGACAGUGAUAUUCUUGAAAGCAAGUCCUCUGCUUCAUACAAUUCAUCAAGUAGGAAACCCUUCUUUGGAAGAUCUUCCCAAUCUCAAUUUGCACGAGAGGAUAGGUUUGGUAAGGAAAAUGCAAAGGUUACCAAUGAAAGUUCUGAAACUCCAGAAAGCAUUCAACAAUCACAUCGGCGAAAUUUCACUGACGGUGAUAUUCUUGAAAGUGUAUCUUCCGCUUCAUACAAUUCAUCAAGUAGGCAAUCCAUCUUUGGAAGAUCUUCCCAAUCUCAAGUUGCUCGAGAGGAUAGGCUUUCUAAGAAGCAUAGUGGAAGUGAACAUGGGUAUAAUGAAUAUGAUCAGGAGAAUGCAAAUAGUGUUUUUGACACUGACGAUUUGAAGGAAAAAGAGGAAAUGGAAGAGAUAAAAGAACAGGAACAGUUUACCAUGAGGAAUGAAGUUGUUGAUAAUUUUUGUGAAGAUGAUUUUACUAGGAAAUCAGAAUUGAAUAACAGUGUACCUUCACCCAAAAUGAUAUCACAUGAAAAUCCAACGCAUAAUCUGCUUAAUGAUAAUGCAGAGGAUGCAAGUACUGCAAGGUUUGAUUUACAAUCUGUUGAGAACAGGAGUGAGACCCUAGAUCAAGCAGAGGAAAUUAAUGAUGUUGAUGUCGGUGGCACGUGUCAUGAAAACGUUAAUCGGACUGAAGAGUUUAUUGAUGAUACGACUGAAUCAGAAAGCAUUAAUCGGACUGAAGAGUUUAUUGAUGAUAAGAUUGAAUCAAAAGCUAAAGUUAAAAUGCUUCUACAAGAGCUGACAGAGGCCGCUGCUCUUGAAGUUUCACUGUAUUCAGUCAUUGCUGAACAUGGUAGCUCGUCAAACAAGGUUCACACACCUGCUCGGCGCCUAUCUAGAUUCUAUUCCCAUGCUUGUAAGGUUGGCACCCCUGCUAAUAAAGCUAGUGUAGCCCAAAGUGCUGUCUCGGGAUUUGUAUUGGUUUCUAAAGCAUGUGGAAAUGAUGUUCCAAGGUUGGCAUUCUGGCUCUCAAACAUGAUAUUGCUGAGAGCACUUGUGAGCAAAGAGCUUGACAAUGCACCCAGCAAUGGAAUUGAUGCUCGUCCUCGUGAGAAUGAAAAAGAAAAUAUAGAGAAUCAUUUUCCUAGCUGGGAGGAGCCAGAAACGUUUUUAGUUGCAUUGGAAAAAGUUGAAGCUUGGAUAUUCUCUCGAAUAGUCGAGUCUGUGUGGUGGCAGACUCUGACUCCGUAUAUGCAAUCAGCAGCUGCUAAGAGCUCUGGCUCAAGGAAAACUAGUGGGAAGAGAAAAGGUAUAUGUGAUGACGAACAAGGAAGCUUUUCCAUUGAUUUAUGGAAAAGAGCUUUCAACGAUGCUUGUGAAAGGCUUUGCCCUCUUCGAGCUGGAGGGCAUGAGUGUGGUUGCUUGCCUUUGAUAGCUAGCUUGGUGAUGGAGCAGUUGAUAAACAGACUUGAUGUGGCGAUGUUCAACGCCAUUCUACGUGACUCCACAGAAGACAUGCCAACAGAUCCUAUUUCUGACCCCAUUAGUGAUUCUAAAGUUCUUCCUAUUCCAUCUGGAAAAUCAGGCUUUGGGGCUGGUGCUCAACUAAAGAAUGCUAUCGGUACUUGGUCAAUAUGGCUUUCGGAUUUAUUUGGCGUUGAUGAUAGCGACGAUCUUGACGAUGGCAAUGAAAGUGAUGUUCCAAAACUUGAAUCAUCCUACAAGCCUUUCAGUCUUCUUAAUGCAUUAAGUGAUCUGAUGAUGCUCCCUUUUGAAAAGCUCACAGAUGCGGCUAUGAGAAAAGAGGUAUGCCCUAGAUUUGGCAUAGCAUUGAUAAGGAGGGUUGUCAACAAUUUCGUCCCCGAUGAGUUUUGUCCAGGGCCUGUCCCAGAUGCUGUUAUUCAGGCAUUGAAUGAUGAGAAUAUUGAAGAUGAUGAAGGGUCCAUCACAAGCUUCCCAUGCAAUGCUGGUUCCACAUCAUACACACCGCCUCCAUCUUCUUCGGUUGCGGCCAUGUUACAAGAUGUGGGAAGACAAAGUUCACUAAGAUGUGUUUCAUUUGCUCCUAUAAAGCUAUAUAACAGUGAUGAUGAACUUGAAAAAUUGGAUUCUCCCCUUUCUGCACUUGGACUUGGCAUUGAUGACUCAUCAGUUGCAGCAAUAAAGGGUGGUCGUAAGGUUCUUAGAUAUCAGCUCUUGAGACAAGUAUGGAAGAAUAGUCAAUCAUAACUUUUUUUUCCUAAUGAUUGUUUUACUUGCCUCUUGUGUAUAUUUUUUAUGUACAAUUUAGCCAUAAUGUUUAUUAAGUAAUUGAUAUCUGUAUAUUUAUGCUUUUCAAAAAAGAAAAAAAUAACGAAUCUGUAUAUCUAUGCAGUUUUUAGAGUAUCAUUUUUUUUCCCCAAUCUCGGCCUUGGAGAUAUUGUAUUUUCCGUUCUAUUAAAAUAUGCAAGUACACAGAAUUUAUAAGA